CCAAUCACUUCGAUGUAUCCCGGCUGGGUGAGUAGCGGGUGAGAGAAAGAGAGAGGGGACCGGCGCGCGCUCGACUCGGUGCGCUCUGACAGCUCGAGCUGGUUCUCACACUCACAAGCUCACAGCACGAUGGUGGAUGAGGAGGCAGUGAAGAAAAUACUGCGGACUGUUCUGCAGUCCAGGUCUUCAAUCUCCCUGUCAUGUCUUCAGGCUGAAUAUAAAGAACUGACAGGUGAAACCAUACCACACAAACAGCUGGGUCAUACCACAGUGGACGCCUUACUGCACAGCAUGCCCUCCUUGGUGCAACUGGACAGGAAUCGCUCUGGGGAGGUGAUGUGUUAUGCUGCUGUGGGGAAUGAAAAGGCAAACAUCACAAAGCUAGUGGCUCGACAGCAUGCAGCUAAGAAGACUGGCCGGCCUCAGAUGGUCAACUGCCAGUUGAGAGUCAAACCCAUUUCUCCUCUGGCAUUAAAUGCCAAACCCAGGACGUCUCUCAGGCAGCCUGAAUACCGGAGUCGUCAGGGUCGAGGCAGUAGUCGCACUGUGAGCAUGAGGGAGACGCAACCAGAUGGGAGAGGCAGUAAAGUACACAACACUCCACCAAACAUGCCCAGCAGAAGGGGCAGUCUGCCUUCUGACAAGUAUGACAGGGCAAGACACCCUGAGUCUCCACUUCAAAUUCAGACCUUUACCUUUUUCAGAUCGGAUAAAAGGAUGACCCUGCCAUCCAGAUUCCAAAAGGAAGUGCACACCCAUCUGUCUAGGAACCCUCAACAGAGCCACACUCCUUCAAACCUUAAUGAAAGCACCCCUCCAUCAAAACCCCGGACCCAAAUAAGCCUCUACAGUCCCAAACUGGUGCAGUCCCGCCUCAAAGAGGUUCUAAGCAAGCAUAGCAAUGGCUUCUGGGUGUCUAAACUUCCACAAUUAUACCGGGAGCUAUACAAGCAAGAGCUGCCCAGUGAAGCCUUGAAAGAUCUGGAACAGUGGACCCAUAUUUGCACAGUCGAGAAGCCAUGCAGUAGCAAAUCUCAGGAGCUACUGUUGUACCCUGCCAAGGAUGUUAGCCAGUCCACUAACACAUAUAGCCUUGAAAUGACGCACUUCCCAGACAUGCACUUUCCAUCACCUCCAAAGCCCCAGAAAGUGUCCAGAAAACCUAAGAAUAAUACAUCAAGCCAACUGGCAUCCCCCAAGGCUCUACCUGAGGACCUCAAACAAAACCUGGCAGAGCUGCUUCUUAAGUACAGCAGUGGCUUAUGGGCUCAUGCCCUCCCAAAACUCUACCAGGAUACCUACAAGACCAACCUGCCUGAGUAUGUCCUUGACAACUUGCCCUUGCUCUCAGAUAUCUGCACCAUUGACUACCCCGUGCCAGACAACCCCAAAAGGGCAAUUCUGUAUGUGAAGGUAUUAGAGGAUGAAAACUGCAAUCAGACAGACUCAGCAGAACUGAAGGCGAGAGAGGAGGCAGGGAGACGUCUCAGUUCUCAAUCUGUGCCUCCUCUGCUUAUUCCCAGGGAGGAGUACCCCUCAGUACUGGUGGUCGAGGCAAGCAGCACUAACAGUGUAGUUCUCAGAUACAUCGGUGAGGCAUAUUCCAAGGCCCAGGAAAAGCUGGAGGAUGAUAUGAAGGAAUUCUAUAGACAGGAUAACACCCGGAAGCCACUGAUCUCAUUAUCAUCAGGCCAACUAACUGCAGCCAUUGCUGAAGAAGAGGAAGAGAUCCUCCGGGCACAAGUGUGUGAGGUCAAGUCUGAUAAAGUCAAGGUUUAUUAUGUGGAUCACGGCUUUUCUGAUGUUAUUAGUAAAAGCAAGCUGCUUGAGUUGCAUGAGAAAUUUUUCAAACUGCCUUUCCAAGCUACCAAAUGUAAAUUGGCUGGCCUUGAAGCCUUUGCUCAGGAGCCAGCAGUGCUGAAAAAAUUUGACUCCAUGGCAAGUGGUAAAAUCCUACUGGCUGAGAUCCUAGAGCGAGAAGACAUUCCACUGAUGGUUUUAUAUGACACGUCACAGGAAGACGACAUUAAUAUCAAUGCUUCCUGUCUGAAAGCCCUGCAAGAGAAGUCUUUCGAGAGCCCUCUGCAGAUAAACAGUGCCUACAUGAAUGUGAGUGUGACCAGUGUGUGUUCGGAUGGGAUGUUCUACUGCCAGCUGCCCUCUAGUGGUUUGACCAAACUCAGCGAAAUACUGGAGAAGACCGAGAGCUAUUUCCGCAACCAGGUUACAUCAGAGUCGCUGGUGUCUAGACCUUUCUGUGGAAAAGGCUGUCUGGCUCGAUACAAAGGCAAAUGGUCUCGAGUCGAGAUAACUAACCUGCACGGUAGCCGAGUGUUGGACAUCCUGUUCGUGGAUGUGGGGGUGCAGGCAUCUGUCGAAGUCAUUGAGCUGAGGGAAAUCCCGCACCCUUUCUUACGUGACCUUAUCUCAAUUCCUCCCCAGGCAGUGAAAUGCUGUUUGACUGACCUGCCUGUCAGCGUGGGCUGCUGGACUCCAGAUGCAGUGCAGUGGCUUAAAGACACAGCUAUCCAUUGCAGUGACUGCAGCUUGAAGAUUGUUAAAGUGGAGGAGAGCAAGCGCCUUGCCCAUGUCUACCUGUUUACUAAUAAGAACUUCCAAGACCUUAACCACAGCCUCAACCGUCAGCUUGCCAACUCGGAUCUCUGGAAGCACCAGGACGAUGUCUUCCUGAGCAGCCAGGGGUCUCUGAAGAGCUCAACUCGAACUACAUCAUCAAAUACACCCACCACAGCCCCCACCACUAUCCCUACACCCUCUACUGGCACCUCCAGCCCAAGAACCAACAGAGCAUGCAAGGCUCCACACACACCUAAGAGGCUGGCACCCCAUUUAGGUUCCAGUAGCAUCCUGUCUGGGAGUCUGACUCUGCCACCUGUUCUUGAGCUCCCUCAAAUGGGACAGAACAUGGACAUUUAUGUGUCAGUCGCAUGCCAUCCAGGUCAUUUUGUGCUUCAGCCAUGGCAGGAUAUGUACAAGCUGGUCGUCUUAAUGGAGGAGAUGAUUCUGUACUACAACAAGACAGAUGAGAAGCCACUAACAGUGGAAAAGAACCAGGUGUAUGCAGCCAAAGUGGAGAACAAUUGGCAUCGCGUGCUUGUGAAAGGAGUUCUGAGCAACGGCCUGGUGUCAGUUUAUGAGCUCGACUAUGGUAAGCAUGAGCUGGUUAGCUGCACUGUGCUGAGGCCCCUCAUCCAGGAGUUCAGGCAGCUCCCUUUCCAGGGCAUCACUGCUCAGCUGGCAGGAGUGAAGUCGAGGCAGUGGUCUGAAGAAGCUUCCAUUGUAUUCAGGAACCACGUGGAGAAAAAGGCAAUGGUGGCGCAGGUGGAAUCGGUGCAGGAGGCAGAACAACCAUGGGACCGCAAGCUCACCGUCUACCUGGUGGACACGUCUCAGGAGGACAGUGACAUCUGGGUCCAUGACCUUAUGGCUGAAUUUACAGAUGAGCUCACCAAAGCAGCGUAACAGUUUGGGUUAUCUGUAUGUAGUCUUGGAAGAAUUUUGUGAGUGUGCAUUCAUGGGUUCUAGCUGGAAAUGCUGCUUGUAUUUGACUUGGAGUUUUGGAAUUUAUUACACUAAAAAGAUCAUUUAAUUAUAUCAAUCAUAGCUGCAAGGUGAAUGACACACACGGCAUUGCGUUACCUGUAGAGCAACUCUACUCUCGCCUUUAAGCUUGAAUUAUUGUGAAGAUCCAUUGAAGCUUUGUCAAAUCAGUGAGUUAUGGGAAAAAUCCACCAAGGAAAGUGCACACGUAUCAAACUUAAGAUGUGAGAUUUAAACUGUAUUUAAGAUUCAAUUAAAAGGUAUUCAUUAAUUUAUCAUCAGUAAGCAGUUCAGUUAUCCUGGUCAGGGAACAUCGGGAGUGAGGGAGGAGGAAUUCACCCUCGCACACACAAAAAAACAAACAAAAAAAAAACACAUUCACACUUGGGUGAAAUUCAGAGCUGUCAAUCCACCUACUGACAUGUUUUUUUGGGGGAGGUGGUAGGAAAGAUUAAAAGAUUAUUUAAUUUGACUAAUGUCUAGUUUGCCACAGGUUUAAAAAGUUUUUAAUAUUUUUUAAGCUGCCAUUCAGGCACCAGAGGAUUCUGCACGGUUAACUACUGUAGAAUCUCACACAAUUACCCGAACAGGAGAAUUUACAUGAUAUUACUGAAUGUUUACUAAGUAAUGAAUGUUUACUAUUUUGACCAAGCUCAACGGAGUCCGCCAGAAUUGUUUACGAAGCUAGUGAAUCAUUCCAUUUCUUCCUGACAUGGAAUGUGUCAAAGCUCAAGAGG